AUGAUUAUCUCCGGCUCUCCUCUCUUCAAACAGUAUGCCCGGACGGCCCUUGAUUCUGAAAACCGUAACAGAAGGCCACCUUAUACAACCUUAGGCAUUGCGGAUAUUAUUGUACAGCAUCUGCUGGAUCUUGCAAAGCUUCAAGUCACUCGAUUCAAGAUCAGCAAUGCUACUGAAGACUCCUUCGAUCUUUUUGUUGAGGGUCGCAUAUUUGGGACAGGGACGAUCUCUAGCACUAUCAUAUCAACGGAGGCAUCAUUAUCAUUCAACGGGACCGUAUUUGGACGGAUCAAGUUACCCCAAAUCCAAACGAGUGUCUGGGGGACAGGCUUUGUUGCCCAGGAACAGCGCAUCGAGAUCACCGACUAUACCAACUACUGUGCCUUUAUUCGGAGCAUCAUAGUCGACAAUGAAACCAGUCUUCAACUCUACAACCGUAACUGCACAGUCAGAGCACUUGGUACUUCGUCUAUAUGCAACCUUCGUCUCGAUAUGCCACUCAAGGCGAUUGGAGGGCCUAGAAUGGCAGUCAAGAAGCUUUCGCGUUUGGGUUGUGAUGUGACAAUCGUAUUCAGCUUGAGUUGCUCGGACCCUGUCGAACUUGACCAUGGAUGUUGUAUUUUCGAGCUUCGAAACGGCCAUAAUGAAACAUUGGCAGAGCUGAAAGGUGAACUCAACAUUGCCGGGAGCCAGACUGAACUCACUCUGCAUGGGACAACACGAGAUGGGGCGAUAGUCUCAAAGAGAGUCAGGCUUGUUGGAGUUGGUGUGGAAGCGAAAGAGAGGUCAUGGCUCAAUGAGACCAUAAGAGAGCUUGAUGUCCCUGUUGACUUGGAACCGAAAUGCGUGGAGAUAUUAUGGUGCUGA